AUAAGGGAGGGGGAAGUGUGAAAAAAGGAGGACAAGAGUGGGUGCUUAUGGUGAAGAAGAUGGAGGCAGCGUUGAAGUCAGAGUCUCUUGCGUGCAUAGAUUCCACCACACUCUCACAUUCAGAGCUCCUCGCCCUCUCUCUCUCGUCUCUCAUUCCCUCCGCCUCCGCCUCCGCCCUCCCUCCCAAAGUCGACCCCGCCCUCUUCAACGAGAGCGCAGGCUCCCGCCGUCAGACCUACUCGCCGAGCGCCCGCCGCCGCCGCCUCUCGGGGCUCCUGCCGGCGCCCAGCCUCCCUCCCCUCCACCCGGAAAACGCCCAGAACAGGCUGAUCAUCGAGUACCUGAAAGAGCUGAUCCGAGAGGACCCGAAGUUCGAGCAAGUCCAGCUGGCCCCGCCCUCCGGUCCCCCUCCCCGGAUCAAGCGGAAGCGAGGGAGAAAGCCCAAACUCAAAGUCCACUUAGAUGACUGCUACCGUGGAGGAAUCGAUCUCUCCCAGUUGGCCCAAGCCCAAGACCCCUUCGCCCAGGAGCUCAAGAGACGCACCGACGGCUUGCGCAACGAAGAGGACCUCUUAGCCUUUCUCCGUGACUUGCCCGGCCAGUGGGGUAGCCGCAGGAAGAAGCGGAGGAUCGUCGACGCCGCUGAUUUCGGCCACGUCUUGCCCAUUCGCUGGAAGCUUCUUCUCGGCUUGAAGAGGAAGGAUGGUCGCGCCUGGAUCUAUUGCCGUAGAUACAUUAGCCCCGGUGGACAGCAUUUUGUGUCCUGCAAAGAGGUGUCUUCCUAUUUGCAGUCUCUUUUGGGUCACGGUGAUGCACACAUGCAGAUUACUCGUGGGAGUGAAAUUGUAGUGCCAGAACAGAGAGUGCCUGCUCAAAAUUCUGCAAGUGUUACCCAGGAGCUUCAAGAUCAGAUGCAGAUCGUUGCUGUUAACUCAGAUGUGUCUGGUUUGUCUGCUGCUAAUGAGCGAGUGAAGGAGGUUGCCUUGUUGGGGUUUGAAAAUCUUGCGGAUGUGCAGAUUCAUGACCUGUUUGAAUGUCGCAAGUGCAGCAUGAGCUUUGACGAGAAGGAUGCGUACUUGAAGCACCUGUUGUCUUUUCACCAGAGGACAACAAGGCGGUACCGGCUCGGUUCGUCUGUUGGAGAUGGAGUUAUAAUUAAGGAUGGGAAGUUUGAGUGCCAAUUCUGCCAUAAGGUGUUUCUGGAAAGGCGUCGCUACAACGGUCACGUGGGGAUCCAUGUUAGGAAUUAUGUGAGGAAAGUUGAGGAUUCGCCAGGUCAGGCAAAUGUCCAGAGGAUGGACAAGUCUCCAGUCAGGGAAUAUGUGCCUUUAAGGAUAUCUAAGAUGGAUGCCCUCAUUGAAAUUGCUCAAAACUCUAUUAUGGAGGAUACUGUCACGGAACCCCAUAGUUCUGCUAAACUGAAUAGGAUUUCUGCUUCAGAUGUUGCUGUUGAGUAUUUAGAUCAAGACGGAAACUCUGAAUCUCCUAUCAGUGAACUGCAAAUGGAAGAUAGCUUGACCGGAAAAAAUGUGGCUCGUGAUUUGGAUGAAAAAUUAGAAGAAAUUGAUGAUGAUAACCAUGUGAUUGAUGUAAAGAUGGUUACUUUUCUAGAUAACAUGGGUUUGUUAUCCGUAAAUAAGCAAGAUGUUAAUGCAUUUGAGACUUCUAUGGUAAAAGAUGAUGUGGCAUUGACUAUUGAGGAACUUGAUCAGUCUGAGAUUGAUUUGGAUGGUGCUUCUCAAAACCAGUUACACCCUAAAUCUGAACAUCACAUAGGACAAGAAUCUGAAAAGAGUGUAUGUACUAAUACUAAGAGUCAACUUAAACUUGAUGAAGACAUUAGUAAGAAGAGUGAGUUGGAAUUCAGUUUACUUGGCUUGAAGGAUGUACCUGUUACUGUUAGCACUAAUGUCCAAGAGAUGGUAAUGCCAGCUUCUCAAGAAAAUGUACCACAUUCUAGGGUUUUUAACCCCUCUGUAUCCACAGAACAAUCUUUGGAUUGUUUGCCUGCAUUCAGCAGCUCAGAUAAGGGAGGAAAACAAUUUUGCAGUGUUGCCCAUGAACACGAUAAUGUGAAGGGUUUCCAUGAAUUGAGGUUUGAUGAAAUAGAUACUGUUGAGUAUGAUUUUGCAAGGGUGCAAGAUUCUCCUCUGCCUGAUGUACCAAUUGAAUUGGCAAAUAACACAGUGAUGGGAGGGACACAUGCAUCCUCAGUUCAGCUUGAAUCACAAGAAGCUAUGCUAAAUAUUGGUGCCAGAAAUCAGCUUACAACUGUGUGCGUAUGGUGUGGAAUAGAAUUUAACCAUGAUGCUGUUAAUUCUGAAAUACAACCAGAUUCUGUUGGAUUCAUGUGUCCAACUUGUAAGGCAAAAAUCUCUGGUCAAGUCAAUGUGUUGGACUGUGGAUCGCCAAACGCCGACUGUCUGUAGAAAUGCUGAAUGAUCUUCGAAAGACAGUAGAAAGAGAUGAUCUAGAAGAGAAAAGCCAGCAUUUGGGGGUUGAUGGAAUACUCUUUCUUGAUUGUAUAGUUUGUAUUGCUCGAUUGUUGUAUUGUUGCACAUUGCCCCGUUUAUUCGUAUGAGAACGGAUAUUAUCAUGUAGUAUUAUUUUCAUCCGCAAGUCUUUUGUAACAGUGUAUGGUGAUAGUUACUAAACAGAUUGAAAUUAGAGUAACCCAUGAAUUUAGUCCCUAAAGUACCAUCUUUUUUCUAAA